AUGAUGGAGGGGAACCAGCAGCUGGCGCUGCGCAUCGACGGAGCGCUCCAGGCGGCCGGGCAGGAGGUGAGCGCCCUGCGAGCCGAGCUGGGCGCCGCCAGCCGCAGACUGGCCGAGCUCAGCGCCGACGGCCCCCCCGGCGCCGCCGAGAUGGCCGCGGGCGGAGGCGGCCCGGACCCCGCGCAGCCCAGCCUGCAAGUCCUCCUGCGGGAAGAGGUCAGCCAGCUGCAGGAGGAGAUCCACUUGCUUCGCCAAAUGAAGGACUUGCUGACCAAGGACCUGGAGGAGACGCACGGGGGCAAAGCCUCCGAGAUCCUCCCCGCCACGGAGCUCAGGGUCCAGCUGGCCCAGAAGGAGCAGGAGCUGUCCAGGGCCAAGGAGGCCCUCCAGGCCAUGAAAGCCGACCGGAGGCGGUUGAAGGGCGAGAAGAGCGACCUGGUCAGUCAGAUGCAGCAGCUCUACAGCACCCUGGAAAGCCGCGAGGAGCAGCUGAGGGACUUUAUACGCAACUACGAGCAGCACCGGAAGGAGAGUGAGGAUGCAGUGAAGGCCCUGGCAAAAGAGAAAGACCUGCUGGAAAGGGAGAAGUGGGAGAUGAGGCGGCAGGCCAAGGAGGCCACGGACCACGCCGGCGCCCUCCGCUCGCAGCUGGACCUGAAGGACAACCGCAUGAAGGAGCUGGAGGCCGAGCUGGCCAUGGCCAAGCAGUCCUUAGCCACCCUGACCAAGGACGUCCCCAAGCGGCACUCGCUGGCCAUGCCCGGCGAGACGGUGCUCAACGGCAACCAGGAGUGGGUCAUGCAGGCCGACCUGCCCCUCACGGCCGCCAUCCGGCAGAGCCAGCAGACGCUCUACCACGCCCACCCGCAGCACACGAUGGACCGGCAAGGGGUCCGAGUCAGCCCGUGCCACUCGCGGCAGCCUUCCAUCAUCUCCGAUGCUUCGGCGGCCGAAGGGGAUCGGUCGUCCACGCCGAGCGACAUCAACUCGCCUCGGCACCGAACACAUUCCCUCUGCAAUGGAGAUAGUCCUGGACCGGUACAGAAAAAUCUGCACAACCCAAUUGUCCAGUCUCUAGAGGACCUGGAGGACCAGAAGCGGAAGAAGAAGAAGGAGAAGAUGGGCUUCGGCUCCAUCUCACGCGUCUUCGCCCGAGGGAAGCAGCGCAAGUCCCUGGACCCCGGCGUCUUUGAUGGAGCUGCCCCCGACUACUACAUAGAGGAAGACGCUGAUUGGUGA